AUGCCAGCCACCGUGCUGCGAACUCUGUCCAAUCAAAAUCUGAGGCUCAGGCAACUGCAUCCCUCCGCCACACCUGCUGCUGCCGGCCACUUCAAUCACCUCUCUUCCUCAGUCCCUCGACCCCCUAUACCGUCUACCACCAAGAAUGUCAAGGCCACUGCAACCGGACGACCUCACCCUUGCCGAAUGUCUGCAAACAGACCUGCGCGUGCUCGUUUAGGCUGCCCUGCUCAGGCCAGAUCAAUGCAUAUGCAGAAGCGGGUUCCACUCAAUCAAGUAAGAUGCCCUCCCGACAAUUCAUAUGUGGCGACGACUCCACUUGUGAAGAUGACGCCAUCCAGUCAGAACGGCGUAGCUUCUCAUACGGAUGCAGUGAUGUCUCCGGAUUCAAUCCAUGCACGGGAAGGUCCCUCCACGAAUCCAGCUUCCAAAAAGCGAGCGAGUCCCACCAAUUGUGCUCUAGUCUCGGCCCCACUGCGGAGGCUUCCCGCGCCAUGCCACAUACUUCCUGUCAGCGUGACCCCAGUUACUACAGCCUGGAGCCACAGCCAUAUAUAUGGUCAUGCACAGAACAUGUUGCGUGUGGCAUUGCAACCACAUAUGCACACCCACCAUUUCCACCACUACCACCAUCAUCAUCACCACCAGCAACAACGGCAGUUACAGCAACAGAACAGUCAAGUGUCCCAUUUAACUUGCCACGGACAACGACGGGCUCAGAUUGCCAAGCCUCAGCACAUACCACUCGACAGUCAGGCACCGACUGUUCUUCCACAGCCACAGAAUGUUCUCAGACAAUCUGUCUCCACCGAUUGCCUUUGCCAAUGA